GGACUUUCAAAUGUCAAAUCUCUAAGCCUUUCUCAUCCAUUUCCUCCCCAACCCCAAUACUUACAAAAUUAUAAACCCGCUCCUCUCUUGCUCGCCUACACAUCCACCGCCAUACGCAGAGAGAAAACGAUGGCAGAUCCAAUCACUGACACGCUUCCACCGCCGUCUUCUCCGACCAGCUCCUCCCUCUCCUCCUCCGAUCUCGACACUGAGUCCACAGGUUCUUUCUUCCACGAUAGAAGCACCACAUUAGGCACUCUCAUGGGCGUCACUUCCACUACCAUUACUUUCAGAACACCCUCUCAGCCACGUGAUACGAUCUCUAUUGCCGGUGCCGGUGCCGGUGCCGGUGCCGUUGCCACCGCGUCUUCGUCCACUGGCAUAAAUCGCAAUAAUAAGAAAAAGAAGAAUAAAAGAGUCCCGGCGGAACUACUGCGGCGUCGAAGAUGGUGGAGGCUUUGUAGUGAUGGGGAAGUAAAGUCGGCUUCUCUUGGAGAGUUUCUGGAAGUUGAACGGAGGUUUGGAGAUGGAGCUUUUUACGGUGAUACUACGGCGGAGCUUGAAGGCGCGAUGGUAGCGCCGCCGAGGGAUGGAGUAAAUGGACGGGUUUUGUUCGCCGAUGGGAGGGUUCUGCCUCCGGCCGGUGAGGUUGAUGAUGGAACAUCUACGGCUGGGAUUCUUUGUAGAUUUCCGGUUUCACUUACAGGGAUCUGUAGUGGUGGAGUCGGAUAAAUUAGAAGUUCCAAGCCUUUAUUUUUUUUUAAUUUUUUUUUUUGAAUUUUGUUGGAUUUAAUUAUUCUGCUUAUUAUAAUUAAUUUAAUUUAUGAUCUGCUUUGAAAUUUAA